AAUCAGUUCGUUGUCGUCAGUCAGUCAGAUUAGUUCGGUCUCUUUUGCGAAUAAUUCCAGAACCACAGAACACAAACACCUCUUCUACAUCCAAGCACCACACACAGCCACAACGAAUUGGAACGCAUUGCAAAAAAAAUAUAAGAAGAAAGAAAAAAGGGCAGCAGCAACGAAAGUUAAACACACACAAUAAAAUUAAGACAAAUUCAAUUUCAUCACGAGGCGAGAGUUAAAGUGUGCGUGUGUGUGUCUUUGAUUUGUGUGUGCUUGUGUGUGCGCCGCGUGUGUGUCUCGUGUACCCUCGUGUGAGUGUGUUUGCCUUGCCUCUGUGUGUCCAAGUGGCGCGUCCUUGGAGCAAGCCAGCCUACCAUAUAACUUGCAACUCUUUCUGAAGUCCCCCCCCCCCCCAAAAAAAAGCAGGCGCCGCACAAGGAUACCCAAGGCAAUUACAAGCAACAACAACAGCAACAGCAGGAGCACCAGCAGACAGCGGCAACAGUAGUGAGUACAGCUGCAGCAGUAAGCAGAGUAACCGCAACCUCAACCAGAACGACGACCACAAGCUGAAGCUGAGGCUGAAGCUAAACCAGGCCAACAACGCAGAAAAUCAAUUUUCGUGAAAAUACAUAAAUUGGAACGAAGAAAAAAAAACGUACUUUCAAAAGCGAGCGAGCGAUCGAAUAAGCGACAAACGAAAAAGUGUGAGUGCAACAACAAGAACAGCAGCAGCAGCAGCGGCAGAAGAAAUCAACAGAAUUGCCAUCUCCAUCAACUGCUACUCUGGUCGUCCUCAGCCGCCAUGCUGGACUAGCACACGCCUGUUGUUGUAUCUGCUGACGAUACACAAUACUACAAGCAAAGCAAAGGCAAAAACAAAAACAGAAACAGAAAAUCACACAAACAAAGAUACAAGAAGCAACAACAAGAACCUAAACAACAAAAUCGGGCUUGCCUCGCUGGUUAGGCCUGUCUGUGGAGGAGGUGCAACGGGGGGCCAAAACACAACAACAACAACACACACACAUACUAAACGACGCAAGGGUCUCGGCAACAACUCAAUAACAAUAGCAGCAGCAGCAGCAGCAAUAGUAGUCAAAGCAUCCGCAGCAGUCGCAGCAGCAACAACAACAACAACAACAGCAGCAGCAGCAACAGAACUUCAAUACUUCGCAAUCGCAUACAAAAUCGCAUCGUGUGUUCGUCUUCGUAUCGGAUAUCGGCCUGCCUCCAUUCAUGAAGGCCUAACCAACAGAAGCUGACAGACAAAAAAAGACAUACAAAUUAUAUCAGAGACCCCAAAAAUAACUACGGCAAGGAAAAAACAACCAACAAACUAACAAAAUCUCAAUAACAACUAAUUAAAAAUAAAUAUUACAAAUUACUCAAGAACAAAUUUUUGAAAUUCAUAAAUUCGAAAAGCACUCGACAAAAAGAAACAACAACAAAAAUUUAUAAAUAAUAAAAGAGCAUCUGUGAUUCGCAUAUAAAAAUAAUAAUUAUAAAAUAAAACUUAUUUUCAUACUGCACGUUUUUUUCCAAAAACUAAAGAAAAAUAACAAAUUAUUUAAAAACAAAUUUUUAAAAAUAUAUAACCAACAUUUGCCAUAACUAUAAAAUUUAAAAAGCUCAACUAUUAAUAAAAGCAGCACAACGGAUUGGUAAUAAAGGGAUUGCCAGCACCGCAGCAACCACAUCAACAGCAGCAACAGCAGCAGCUACAGCCACAACAACAACCGCAACAACAACAGCAGCCGCAACAGCAACAAAUUCAUACAAGGUCAACGGAUUUAAUAUUUUAAAUGGAAAUCAUUCCUGAAGGUAGACACUUUCGUUUGGUGCAUGAAUCAGAGCUUCCAGAAAUUUUGGUAACUUUAGAACGCUAUCUGCCGGAAUCAUUAAAGUUUCAUCAAACCAUUAAAACGUACCUGAAUGAUCGUAUUUGGGAUUUCAAGUUUUAUGUUGCUAAAGAUUGGCCCGAAAAACCGAUAAUAUUACAUUUUCCAGGAUGCACGCUUACGCCCUACAACAAUAUAUACCAAGCUUUUGGCAUAUUUUGUCCAUCCGCACAAAUCGAGCAUGUCGAUCUGAUGCGCACCGAAGAUGUACUUAUAGAUUGGCAGAAGCCAUUGUACCUGAACUUUACGCACAUCGCAAUUAUGAAUCGCCUGGAUGAUUUCUAUUCGAAAAUUGGGCUGAUGGAGCGACUAAGUGGUGAUAUCUAUGUGUGUAACAAGCUCAACACGGACCUCGAGCUUGACCCGUUGCCCGAUGAUGCAGAGAUGCGACUGCUGACACUCGACAAUGUCCAGGGCAUACACGAUUUAUAUCCGGCCAAUGAAAUCGAAUGCGUCAAAUUGUUUGAUAUACUCGUGCGUGUGCUGCCCGGUUUGGGAAUCUUUCGCAAGGAUACCAACGAGCUGGCCGCAUGGAUGGUCCAUUCAUACUAUGGCGCAAUGUUUUCGAUGCAAACACGUCCAGACUAUCGACGCAUGGGUUAUGGCAUCCGUCUGGCCAAAGCGUUGACCCAGCUUGUGAUUGAGCGCGGCUACACACCGUUUGUUGUGAUACGUCCACAUAAUGAUGCCUCGAGGAAUCUGUAUACGAAACUGGGCUAUGUCAAGGCAUACGAGACAUGCCGCGUCCGCAUGACCCCCGAUUGCUAUGAGGACAGUACUGUGGGCACCAUCAGUAACACAUCCUAUGCCAAGUUUCCGCCGCUACCUCAGGCCAACGACGACGACGAGUGUGUCGUCCAGCUGCGUCGUGUGAAGCAAGUACCCGGCGAGAGUCAGACUGUUGACGACGAGGGCAUCGAGGAUAUGUUGGCUGAAAAAUGUGAUAUCAGCAACGAUGAGGCUAGAGAGCGUAAGACCACAACUGAUGAGGGCAUCGGCGAGGAUAAGUAGAACAAAAACAAAACAAAAAACACAUAAAACAAAAAAAAAAACGAAAACAAAAACAAAAACAAAGCGGCUCCAAGAGCUUUGCGCCCCCCUCAAUAACAGAGAGUUACAGAUUGAACGAUUGAAUGCUAUAUAUACACUUAUGGAUGAUACGAAAAAGAAGUAAACGGAAAUAUAUGGAAUAUGUAUGUAUGUAAAGUUGUAAGCACCUAGAUGUAGGCACCUUUAGGGGACAGGACAGGAUUGUGGCGUCGCGUCGUGUCGAUUCAACUCGAAACAUUGCAAGGCACAAGUGGCGUUAAUUUUUUAACAAUUAUAUUAAAAGCUAAACAAAACACAAAUGAAUAAGAAACCGAAACAGAAACAGAACAGAAGUUUAUAAAGUAUCUACAUAGUAUUUACAUUUAUCUAUGUACGAGUAUAUUUAUAGAUGGUAAAUGAAGCUUCCUCACACAAAAGCGCAGCGUGUUUUCAGUACGAUCAAUUUGCUAAUCGAGACGAAUGUUAGUCAGAAAAUGAUUUAUUUUAUAUACAUUGAAAACAAUUGAAAACUAAAUACAAAAAAAAAGACAUAGGUGAGUCUAAUGAAUUCUACGUAAUGAACUAAACAAAAAUAAUAAAGGAAUAAAAUGUACACCACGGAGAACACGCUGGAGAUCCGAUUUUAGAAAAGAACAAACACAAAUAAUGAAAGAAAUUUUUAAUUUUUUGCUAAAAAUGCUUUUACAAAAUGAAAUCCAACAAUUGUAGCAAGACGAUGACGGCUAAGUGCGAAACAAAAACAAAAUCAUGGAGCGUAUAAAUUUAUUAUAAACUAUAUAUAUAAAUAUAUCUAUAUAUCAAAUUGUUAAAAAAAAACACACACACACAAAAACAAACUAACACAACAACAACCAGAACAACUCACUCAACUACAAAGAUAAACAAAAAUAACUUCUCUAUGGCUCCACGCAAACUCAGAACAGGUAAAUCAAUUAUGUAAAAUGAUAAAACGGUUUUGGUACCAAAUAUUUUACGAUACUCGUACACUUCUCUAUUUGUAAAUGGGCCAUGUACAACACUCUACUCCCUCCCUAAAAAUCUUUAUAGUAACUCUACUUAGCUUUUGACGAUUUCAAUUUAAUAUUUUAUUUGAUUGUACUCAAGUGAACAUCUCAAUUAGCUUGGCCCAGGCGAGAUAAUGCUUUGAUUUUGAAAAUACAUUUGGAUUUAUAGGCUUUUUCAAAUUUAUAUAUAUACCCAAAAUGACAAACAAAAACAAAAGCGUAACAAGAAAAGAAAAAACUAAACAAAGUGAAGAACAACAAAAAAAAACACAAAUAUAUAUUUUACUAUUACGAAAUUUUAUUAAACUAUAUGCAAAAAGAGUACUUAAUGAUUUUUUGCUCCUACAUAAAAUAAAUAUUUUUUAGCCGAGAAAGAAACAAAUGAAUGAAUGAAAAUAAAAACACGCCAAAGAUGUCUUCUGCUUUAUUUUAAGUACGUACUUAUUAUGCAAAGGUAGGAAAUAAUUAAUAACCAUGGCUACAACUUGAUUACACAAAACUGCAAAAAGUUUCUCAAAUCGUUGAGCGCCGAGUAAUAAUUCAUUUUUGCCUUUGCCUAUUGACAAUUUUCCAUUAUGAAAACUCAAAAAAAAUAUACGCAACAAAUCAAAUUAAAAAUGACAAAAAGAAAACUAAAAGAAAAAUUAAAAAAAAAAAACAAACAAAAAAAGAACACGUUAUAUAUUACAACUGCUAUAUUGUAUGUACUCGAACUAAACAAAACUGAUGAAAAUGAAGCAAAUUUAAAUAAAUACCAAUAUUGAGACAGCAGCA